GCGGCACCGCCGCCGCCAUCUGCCUCGCUCGCGCGGGAAAAUUCCCCCGUCUCCCCGCCACUUCGCUCCACAAUCCAAGCACCAUCCCGACGAGAUCUGCCAUACCCGGAGCACUAACCAUGGCUACCGCCGCCGCCGACGAGCACGCCGAGGCGAUGGAACAAGUUGGAGGGGAGGAGCGGGCGGCGGAGGCCGUCGAGGCGAUGGAGCAAGUUGAAGAGGAGGAGCGAGCGGAGGCCGACGCGGAGGCCCCAGCGGAGGAGGGGGCAGCGGCCAGCGAUGAAGCGCACAUAGAGGCAAUGGAGCAAGUUGAAGAGGAGGCCCAAGCGGAGGCAGAGGAGGAGGUCCAAGCGGAGGCAGAGGAGGAGGAGGAGGUCCAAGCGGAGGCAGAGGAGGAGGUCCAAGCGGAGGCAGAGGAGGAGGCGGAAGUGCUGAGCACGGUGCUCCCGCUGGGGAGGGUGAAGAAGAUCAUGCGGCUGGACCGCGACAUCAAGAAGGUGACCGCCGAGGCGUCGCUGCUCAUCGCCGCGGCCACCGAGCUCUUCCUCGGCUCCCUCGCCGCCGGCGCCCACACGGCCGCCACCCAGCGUGGUCGGCGGGGGUUGCGCGCCGCGGACGUCCGGGCCGCCGCCCGCGCGCACCGCCCCACUGCCGACUUCCUCCUCGACUGCCUCUCCACCGCCGAGGAGGCGCCUCGCGCCGCCCGCUCCGGAUCUGAUGCCGCCGCCCCAGCAGCAGCACCCAAGCCGCUGCCGCGUGGGACCCGCCGCAUCGACGGAUUCUUCCAGAAGGUCACCUAGAUUUGCGUGCCUCUCUCCAUCUGUACUCAUGAACUGCUUGUCUAAGCUGUUAGAUGUACUCCUGUCCUACCUGCCAUCUGAUGAAAUUGGAACCUAUGCAUUCUAUCAAAUCAAAAUUAUGCAAUUAUCUUUGCCCAUUUCCUCA